AAGAAAAAGAAAAAAAAGAAGAUAUCCAUACUAUAUUUCCACAAUUCCAAAAAGCAAAUAGUCAUAUUAUUACACUAUAUAAUAGGUCCACAAUCCACUUCCAUCCUUCUUUUCAAAUCUUAUAUUAUAACCUCCAACCAAAAAACCUACAAAAAUAAAUUUUAAAAAAUACAAAAAAAAAUUAUUAUAAAAAUGUCUACCGGAGAAAAUUCCGACCAUAUUUCUCAAGAACCAAAUAAUAUAUUUCUUCUUGCUAAAAUUAUCAUUAAUUCCUUCAAAAUUUUUCUAUUUUCCACCAAAAAAAUUUCAUUUUUAAUUUUCUUUUUCCUUUCAUUUCCACUUUCUUUUUUUCUCUUCUUAUUAUCCUUCCUAACUUUCCCUUUUAAAAAUAGAAUUCAACAUCUUGAAGAAAUAUCAUUAUUUUCAUCUAUACAUGUUGAGUCCAAACAUCUAUUAGAAGAAGCAAAUGAAGAAGCUAGGUCUUUACUAUUUUUUAAAAUUUUGUUUCUCUUUCCUACUUUUUUACUCUCCCUUUUUACCGCGGUUACCGCGGUAAAUGUCACGUUUUCCGUAUGUUCCAACGGAAAACCGGCUAUCCAAACGGUUUUUACCGUAGUAAAAACUGUUUGGAUACGGGUCGGGGCUACUACGAUGUGUAUUUACGUGAUUAUGCUUGCGUGUACCGUCGUGCCCGGGAUGCUCGUGGCGAUUCUCGAGACCCGCCCGUUUGUUCGGGUGGUUGUUGAGGUUAUCGGGUCGGGUUUGGAGCUCCAUAUGAUGGCGGUUACUAGCUUGGCGCUCGUGGUAUCGGUCAACGAAGGAAUGUAUGGGUUGGAUGCUAUUCGGGUCGGGUCGGAUUUGAUGGAGGGUAAACGGGUAUGCGGGUGGGUUUUAUCCGGGUUAUUUGUUUUGUUUUCGGGUUUGGUUCGUGGCACGAUGGAAAUAUCGAUGGCGAUGGCGAUGGACGGUUCGGAUUUCAAGAGGAUUGAAUCAACGGUUGUGAUUAACUUGUUGUGGGAUAAUGUGGUUUGGAUUUUUUUGUAUGGUUUAAUGGUUCAAUGGAGCUUUAUUGUUACAACUGUUUUUUACUUUGAUCUAAAAAAAAGAGAUUCAACAAAAAGUGAUAGAGAUAGUGAAAUUAGUUUAGUCUAAAAAAAAUAUAUAUAUUUGUAUGUAGUAUUGUUAUAAUUAGUAUAAGAUGUAGAUUCGUAUUUACGACGUAAAUAAGUCGAAUACUGAAUAUGAAUUUUAUAAAUUUAAAAGUUCAAAAUUUUAUCAUAGUUCAUUUAGUUUAUCGAGUUCGAGAUAUGCAACAAUAACUGUUUUGUAGACAAGGAUCAGAACAAGUGAAUUCCAGAUUAAACUCUGGAUCUACUCAUUUCAGCUUUAGAAGAUCGAUUGGGAGAUGAAUUUCAAUGUUGAAGGCAAAAGCCAAGUUUUCUUUUCGUUUGAAAGAUAAAUGUAUGUAUACUCGUCUAUUAAAUAUUUUCGUAUUGUACCAAGUUCAAUGAAGGCAUAAAUUCAAAUAAAUAUAUAAAUUUAUAUAAUGCUCGAAAUUUCUUCGUU